CAUCAUCUUCACGUGUAGACACUCCUAUUCGCUUUUAUGCACUGAUCACAUAUCCAACCUCUCUCUCUCUCUCUCCCCCUCACUCUCUCUGACAAGGAAUCUUAAUUUACAUCGUAUAGUACAGAAUAUACAUGAAGGAAUUGUUUUUUCCUUUUUGAACGAUCUUAUAAAAAGAACAGGGACAAAAUGCUUGGAAAUGGAGUCGUUGGGAUUCUUUCAGAGUCGGUAAACAAGUGGGAAAGAAGGGUGCCUCUGACACCAUCACACUGUGCUCGGCUUCUACACAGUGGCAAGGAUAAAACUGGGGUGGUUCGCAUAAUUGUGCAGCCAUCUACAAAGAGAAUCCACCAUGAUGCAAUGUAUGCGGAUGUUGGUUGUGAAAUAUCAGAAGACUUAUCUGAGUGUGGCCUAAUUGUGGGCAUUAAACAACCAAAGUUGGAGAUGAUCCUUCCUGAUAGAGCAUAUGCCUUCUUUUCCCAUACUCACAAGGCACAAAAAGAAAACAUGCCUUUGCUUGAUAAGAUCCUAGCUGAAAGGGUGUCAUUGUAUGAUUAUGAACUAAUUGUUGGGGACAAUGGCAAAAGGUUGCUUGCUUUUGGGAAAUAUGCUGGUAGAGCUGGACUUGUUGACUUCUUGCACGGGUUGGGACAGCGAUAUCUAAGUCUGGGGUUUUCAACACCAUUCCUUUCUUUGGGUUCAUCUUACAUGUAUUCUUCCUUGGCUGCUGCCAAAGCUGCUGUAAUUUCUGUGGCUGAAGAGAUAUCAACUUCUGGGUUGCCAUCGGGAAUCUGCCCUCUUGUUUUCAUAUUCACUGGUUCUGGAAAUGUUUCUCAAGGUGCACAAGAGAUCUUUAAACUUCUUCCUCAUACUUUUGUUGAUCCAAGUAGACUUCCAGAACUAUUUGCACAAGCCAAACCUUCAAGGACAUCAAAGAGGGCAUAUCAAGUAUAUGGUUGUGUCGUGACUAGCCAAGACAUGGUUGAAAACAUAGAUCCUUCGAAACCAUUUGAUAAAGCUGACUAUUAUGCACAUCCAGAACACUACGAACCCAUUUUCCAUGAAAAAAUAGCCCCAUAUGCAUCUGUUAUUGUCAAUUGCAUGUACUGGGAUAAAAGAUUUCCUCGGUUGUUGAGUACACAGCAGCUUCAAGAUCUAACAAGGAAAGGGUGCCCACUUGUUGGAAUUGCUGAUAUAACCUGUGAUGUUGGAGGCUCUAUUGAGUUUAUUAAUGAAACCACAUCAAUUGACUGUCCAUUCUUCAGGUAUGAGCCCCUAAAUGAUUCAUACCAUCAUGACAUGGACGGUAAUGGUUUGAUAUGUUCUUCUGUUGACAUUCUUCCUACAGAGUUCGCAAAAGAGGCUUCUCAACAUUUUGGAGACAUACUAUCCCAAUUUAUUGGCAGUCUGGUUUCUACAACUGACAUUACCAAGUUACCUUCACAUCUACGGAGAGCUUGCAUAGCCCAUGGAGGAGCACCUACUCCCAUGUUUGAAUAUAUUCCACGCAUGCGAAACUCUGAAUCAGAAGAUAUGCGAGAAAAUCCUGUAAAUUCAAACUCAAGCAAGAAGAAAUUCAAUAGCUCGGUGUCUCUGAGUGGCCAUCUAUUUGAUCAGUUUUUAAUUAACGAGGCACUGGAUAUUAUUGAAGCUGCUGGUGGAUCCUUUCACUUAGUCAAGUGUCAUGUGGGUCAGAGUGCUAAUACUCCCUCAUACUCAGAACUUGAAGUUGGUGCGGAUGAUAGGGAAGUUCUGGAUCAAAUUAUUGACUCUUUAACUUCUCUUGCUAAUCCAGAAAAUAAAAGGAUUGUAAAUAAAGAAGCAAAUAAAAUUUCCUUGAAAGUUGGUAAAAUCCAAGAGAAUGACGUCAAGAAGGACUGUGAUACAAAAAGGAAGACUGGAGUUCUAAUUAUUGGUGCAGGCCGUGUCUGUCGACCUGCUGUUGAGUUCCUAGCAUCAAUCGGAAGCAUUUCAUCUCAUGAAUGUUAUAAAGCUUGUCUUGAUACUGAUUUCGAAGAGCAGAAUGAUGUCCAAGUCUUUGUUGCAUCUCUCUACCUAAAAGACGCUGAAGAGAUUAUUGAAGGAAUUCCCAAUGCAACAGCAGUUCAACUUGAUGUGAUGGAUAAUGAAAGCCUUUGCAAGUAUAUUUCACAGGCUGAGGUUGUUGUCAGCUUACUCCCCCCUAGUUGCCACAUUAUCAUAGCAAAUGCAUGCAUCAAGCUUAGCAAGCAUCUUGUCACUGCUAGCUACAUUGAUGAUUCUAUGUCAGCACUAGACGAAAAGGCAAAAGCUGCUGAUAUUACAAUUCUCGGUGAGAUGGGCAUGGACCCUGGCAUAGAUCAUAUGAUGGCAAUGAAGAUGAUUAAUCAAGCUCAUGUUCGGAAGGGCAGAUUAAAGUCUUUUACAUCUUAUUGUGGGGCACUUCCAUCUCCUGCAGCUGCAAAUAACCCACUAGCAUAUAAGUUCAGUUGGAGUCCUGCUGGAGUCAUAAGAGCUGGGCGCAAUCCUGCCACAUACAGACUUAAUGGUGAAAUUGUACACAUUGAUGGUGAUAGCCUUUAUGAUUCAGCUUUCAAACUUCGGAUUCCACAUCUUCCUGCUUUUGCAUUGGAAUGCCUUCCAAAUCGUGAUUCUUUAGUUUACGAAAAAGUCUAUGGAAUAGAAGAAGCAUCAACGAUCUUUCGUGGAACCCUCCGCUAUGAAGGGUUUGGCGAAAUCAUGGGGAUACUUGCAAGAAUUGGUUUUUUUCGUACCGAACCUCAUCCAGUUCUUAGAUGUGAACGGAGACCCACAUUCAAAACAUUCCUUUGUGAACUACUAAAGAUUCCUGGUGAAAAUCUAUCAGGGGAGAAAGACAUCACUGAAAAUAUAGUUACACUUGGUCAUUGCAAGGAAAAAGGAACCGCUGAAAAGGCAGCCAAAACUAUCAUAUUUCUGGGAUUUGAUGAGCAAACGGAAAUUCCUGCCUCCUGCCGAAGUGCAUUUGAUGUCACCUGUUACCGGAUGGAAGAAAGGUUGGUGUAUUCCAGUACGGAACAGGAUAUGGUUCUUUUGCAUCACGAAAUUGUGGUUGAAUUCCCUGAUGGCCAACGGCCAGAGCGUCAUUCGGCCACUUUAUUGGAAUUUGGGACGUCAAAAAAUGGAAAAACAGUUACCGCAAUGGCUCUGACCGUUGGUAUUCCAGCAGCCAUCGGUGCACUGCUCUUACUAGAGAACAAGAUCAAGUCAAGAGGUGUUCUGAGACCUACUGAACCAGAAGUAUACAUGCCAGCACUGGAAAUUUUACAAGCCCAUGGUAUAAAGUUGAUUGAGAAGGUCGAGUAACCUCAGAUGACCCAUUAAGUAGGGGGUCUACCAUUUUCAUUCCUCACAGAAAAAUCAGCACAAGUCUGUCGAACAAUAACCAUUCUUCAAACCUGAAGUGGAUUAUUAAAGACAGAGAUUGAGAAGCUAAUCCAUUGGAGAUUUGGCUUAGACCGACACAACACCAACAUAGUUUCUGUCAAGAAGAAUGGGCAAAUCCACAAGCACCUCUCCUACAGAAAAUAUCAGUACAUAUGUCUCCAAUAUUCCUGUACAGAUGCAUAGUUCGCACUUGAUAAGAAACAAGCUGGUUAUGUGGACAGAUGAAUAGUAAGCCUUUUGGUUAAAGGCGUCGAUGGUCACACAUUAUUCCAAUAAAAUGAUGAAUGAAAUUCCGGCCUAGCUUCUAUUA